GGGCGACGUUACUAGUCUUCAGUGGGUAGUGAUCUUGCCGCCAUUUUGGACUUCCUUUUCUCCUCCCCCCUCCCCUUCUCCUUCCUUACAGCACUCGAAAGAAGCAGCGACUGAGCGGAGAGCUCUUGGUGCGCUUUCUUUCCCCUCCUUGCCGUCUCACUUGGCGAUCCGUACGGUUGGAAAACUCGAGCUAUGUCCGCCAACAGGAACCUGAAGCAAGUGAGGAUCGAGAACAGUUCUCCGGCGUCGGCACCUCCGAUGAGCAUGGUGGGCGGCGGCCCGAUGAAGGCGCUGAGAGGUUUGGAGAAGCCGUCCGAGAACGAAGCUUUGGCCGCCGCUCUGGCGAUGGCGAAGCAGGAAGAGGAGGGAAGCGGCGGAGGCUUUACGGUCGACAUUAAGAGCUUCCUCAAGCCCGGCGAGAAGAGCUAUACGCAAAGAUGCCGCCUCUUCGUCGGGAACCUUCCCACCGACAUCACCGAGGAGGACUUUAAACGCCUUUUUGAGCGCUACGGGGAGCCCAGCGAGGUCUUCAUUAACCGCGACCGCGGCUUCGGCUUCAUCCGCCUGGAGUCCAGGACCUUGGCUGAAAUAGCAAAGGCAGAACUUGAUGGAACAGUUUUAAAGAGCAGGCCACUCCGAAUUCGAUUUGCCACCCAUGGAGCUGCUUUAACAAUUAAGAAUCUUUCACCAGUUGUUUCCAAUGAGCUUUUGGAACAAGCUUUCUCUCAGUUUGGGCCUGUGGAAAGAGCGGUUGUUGUCGUAGAUGAUCGUGGUAGAGCAACAGGCAAAGGUUUUGUGGAAUUUGCUGCAAAGCCUCCAGCGCGUAAAGCUCUAGAAAGAUGUGGUGAUGGCGCAUUCUUGCUUACAACAACACCUAGACCUGUUCUUGUUGAACCUAUGGAACAAUUUGAUGACGAAGAUGGUUUGCCUGAGAAAUUAAUGCAAAAAACACAACAGUACCAUAAGGAGAGAGAACAGCCCCCACGUUUUGCCCAACCUGGAACAUUUGAAUUUGAAUAUGCUUCACGAUGGAAAGCUCUUGAUGAAAUGGAAAAACAACAGCGGGAACAAGUUGAUAGAAAUAUUAGAGAAGCUAAGGAGAAGCUAGAAGCAGAAAUGGAAGCAGCUCGACAUGAGCAUCAGUUAAUGUUGAUGAGACAAGAUCUUAUGAGGCGUCAGGAAGAACUGAGACGUUUAGAAGAACUUCGAAACCAAGAGUUACAGAAAAGAAAGCAGAUACAAUUAAGGCAUGAAGAAGAGCAUAGGAGACGUGAAGAAGAGAUGCUGCGUCAGAGAGAACAGGAGGAACUGAGGAGACAGCAAGAAGGUUUCAAGCCAAAUUUCAUGGAUACUAGAGAACAGGAAAUGAGAAUGGGUGAUAUGGGUCCUCGUGGAGCAUUAAACAUGGGAGAUGCCUUUAGCCCAGCACCUGCUGGAAACCAAGGUCCUCCUCCUCCACCUCCAAUGAUGAGUAUGACUAUGAACAACAGAGGGACAAUGCCUGGCCCAGCAAUGGGUCCAGGUCCUUCGUUGGGGCCAGAAGGAGCUACAAACAUUGGAACCCCAAUGAUGCCAGAUAAUGGAACUGUGCAUUCUGAGAGAUUUCCUCAAGGAGGCCCACCACAAAUGGGUUCACCUAUGGUUAAUAGACCAGGCUCUGAAACUCCUCAGCCAGCUCUGGGUGGUGUAGGUGCCGUCAAUAGUGGACCCAGUGGCUUUGGUAGAGGAAAUCCUGGGGGCAGCUUUGAAGGACCUAACAAGCGUCGCAGAUAUUGAAACAUUCAUUUUUGUACUCUUGUGAAAUUGAAUGAAUGACUAUCUGGUGUUAUAACUCUAUAUAAUUUCAACUGUUACUUUUGAAUGGUUUUACUGUUAAUAUAGACAUUAACCUUUUUUGUAAACUAUAUAGACAUUUUCUUUUUGUAUUUAGUCAUAGGCUUAGGAUAGUGUAGAAUUAACGCACUUCAUUUUGUACAUCAAUUGUUUGUGACUGCCACAAAAUAUAAUGUGACCAUGCUGUGAAAUUUGUGAGUUACACGCUUACAAUAAAAUAACAGUUUAAAUGAUUUUGAAACACUGCUAUGAAUACUAUCUUUAAAUUUAACUGUAAGUAUCCAUAAUUAUUUUUCUUUGACAAUGCCUAUCUUUUCUUUGGGGGGGUGGGGUGGAUCUGCUUUUAUCCAUUGUAAUUGUAUGAAAAUAAAAAUUCAGCUUGCAAUACAUAGAAAAAGUUGGGGUUAAUGCAGCUUUAGAAAAUAUGAAACUAUUGGUAAGCCAAUAUAGAUUUGUGUUUUUUUAAUCAAAUGUUAUUUUUCAACAACAUGUAUAAAUCUCUUUGCAAUGGGAUUGUUAUCGUAAUGUAAUCCUAUGUUCAAGUUCAAAUAAACAUUUUGAGCCUUGAAAACCUACAAGUAGUGAAUAUUCACCUAUGAUCUUAACUAGAUUAUGAAUGGAAAUAAUUUCAAAGGACACAAAUUUCAUCAUUUAAUGGAUUAUUACUGCUAUUUGCAUUUGUGCUUCCUCUGAAGCGGAUUUAUAAAAUAUAUUCAAAGUGUUCUUUUUCCCCCAAACACAUUUUCUUUUAUAAAAAAUGUAUUUGCUAGUUUCCUGUCUUUCAAUAUUAAAGAAAAUGUUAUGUUUAUCAAAUUCUGGAAACAUUAGCAACUACUAGCACUUAAUAAUUUUGGUAGGCAAAAUAUUUUCAGUUUAGCACUUCAUUUAAAUAUGUAAUUUUUUUAUAUUCUUCCUAGAUGAAAAGUUCCCCUUUUAAAUCGCCUAUGCUAUCUGGAAAUAAAAAUAUAAAUAGAAAACUAUCCCAGAACUUGUUAUAUAAUGCAUGUUAAAUGUAUAAAAAAACCAAGAUUUUAAUAUAUACUAGUAUAAUUAUAGUAUCAUGAAAGCAUUUCGUAUUGGAUAUUUAUUUUGUUUUAUUUUGACCACUGUAUGGGCAAAUCAAGUAUAUUAGAGAUACACAGGAAACAGCUGUUACUGCAUAAGCAUAGCAUGGAGCCGUGAUGACUCACUGGUUAGAAUGCAGUAUUGCAGACUAAUUCACUGCUCACUGCCAGGAGUUUGAUUCUGACCGGCUCAAGAUUGACUCACCCUUCCAUCCUUCUGGGGUCAGUAAAAUGAGCACCCAGAUUGUUGGGGGCAAUAUGCUGAUUCUAUAAACCACCUAGAGCAGGGUGUUAAACUCAAGGUUAGGGUUAGUGUGCUUAGAUCUGGCCCGCAGGGCUGCCUUGGAAACAAGUGAAGGACUGGGCCAUGGUGCCUCUGCCAAUGAAAACAGCUCAGGAGGGCCGCCUGAGCUCCAUUUUCUCUGGCAGAGGGUUGCAGGAGGCCAUCACAGCUGAAAACGGAGCUUGGGAGCCUGUUUUCUCUGGCAGAACGCUCAGGCUACUGCCGGCACCCUCGACACAAGUGACAGCUGGCCAUGUCCACCUUGGCCAUGCCCACUCUGGCCCCCCCAAGGUCAAACAUAACCCUGAUGUGGCCCUCAAUGAAAUUGAGUUAUAUCGAGACACCCCUGACCUAGAGAGUGCUGUAAAGCACUAUGAAGUGGUAUAUAAGUCUUAAGUGCUACUCCUAUUUCAUGUUAUAUGAGUGGACUAAAGUAUAUGGUUAAACAUAUUUAUUGCCAGUGCAAAUUUGAUAAGAUUAUUGUAAAGAAACAAGAUGGGAGCUUUCUCUGAUCCCAUAUUUAUAUGAAGCUAAAAGAUUUGCCUAGGAUAUAAAGAUGGGUGUGGAGCAAAUGAUUAUAGGUGUUAUGAUGUCAUUACACAAAUACUACAGCUUAUGUAUUUGCAUCGGAUAUUAAUGCAAAUAUGUAAUUGCAGUAUUUGAUUUUGUAAAGGAGACCCACACGGUCAUAUUUUUAUUAUGAAAAGGUGAAUGAGUAUCUUUAUAUUGAUACUGAAUACUUCAGUUUUUCUUGUUCUAUCGACUCUGCAGAAACUACAGCUGGAUUAUCAAUUCUUAGAAUUUAUACUGGUGCUAUUUAUUUAAAAGAUUUAAACUUCCCAGAUUUACAUUUUAAGAAUUAUAGUAUCAAUAUAUCUUUUAAAAUAUAUGUAUAUGGCUCUAAUUUUCAGUACUUCCCUUAUGUCACUCUUAAAUAAUAAAGAGAUCAUGCACUCAACUAUAUUUAAGUCACAGAAUCAAAAUAAAUAAUAAGUUUAUUACAUUUUGACCGAAUCGGAGGGUUGAAACAUGAAGGUAGUCCUUGGUUAAUGAUGUGAUGUCACUUGACCAAGCUGCUUCAUAUGAUAGCUCCAGCGCUCCAGUUGUUCUUGUUAAGCGUUAAACAUGACACUACUUGGUUACCAUUUACAACUUCCUGACGGCUUCUCCACUUGCAUGUUUGCAAGGAUUGUUUUUUUUUAAUCUUCCUUGAACAUUUUAACAUUUGCACCAUGAAUAGGGGUAAUAUGAUAUUACUGCGGAACUGGAACUUAAGCUAGUAAAAAUCCUAAUGACAGAAUGGGUUAUGUACAAGAGCUUAGAUUAUUGAAAAUAUAAAUGAAACUGCUGUUUAAUUUAAUGGAUGAUUUCUGCUAGUUUUAUUGAAUUCUGCACACAGCACCUUUAAAGGAAACGUAUUUUCCAAGAAUGCAUGGAAUUUAUCUAAUCCUAGGAAAAGAUUUAGUUGCUUUAAGGGUUUGUAGUAUUAAUACUUUUGAGAACCACCACUUUUUACAAUUGUUUCCAUGCAUCUAUUAUCUUUAAAAUGAAAUGUAUUUAAAUUAUAACUAGAUUUGCACAUUAAUUUUGUGAUGUGCAAAUACUUUUUUAAAUGAAAAGUUUGUUUAAAUACAUUGAUAUACUAUUAACUCUUCUGAAUGUGUUAAUUAACUAUAGACCAUUUUCUUUCUCAACUUUUUAAAAUUCCAGAUUUCUAAAACAUCUGUUACCCUGUCUGUUACCUUGGGUACUAAUUUUAAUAUUGAUAUUUGGAAUUGAUUAGCAAAAACAUUUUUAAAAUAAACACUGUCAACAGAAAGUAACUUCUGUUUAAGUCUCAGUUAUGCAUAUUCAUUUUAGAUUUUAACUGGAUUAUCGGUAUGUUUUCAUAUAACAAUAAACCAAGAUUUCUUUGGGGAAUGGUUUGUUAAACAAAAAAAAAUGAAACAAGUAAUUGACUUUUUUUUAGCCAAUUCCAGGUUUAUUUUCUCGUGAAGUCUUAGUAUCACUUUAUAAUGCUUUGGUAAAACCACACUUGGAAUAUUGCAUCCAGUUUUGGUCGCGAGUAUAUAAAAAAGAUGUCGAGACUCAUUUAGAAAGAGUUCAGAGAAAAACAACAAAGAUGAUUAGGGGACUGGAGGCCAAAAUGUGGUUGGGUAAGUCCAGUCUAAAGAAAAGAAGCACUAGGGGUGACAUGCUAGCAGUAUUUCAAUAUCUAUGGGGUUGCUACAAGGAAGAGGGGAUCAACCAAAGCACCUAAAAGCAGGACAAGAGGUAAUGGAUGGAAACUAAUCAAGGAGAGAAGCAACCUAGAACUAAGGAGAUUUUUUUUGACAAUUCCAAUUAAUUAGUGGAAGUUGUGGGUGCUCCCAACACUGGAGGUUUUUAAGAAGAGAGUGGACAAACAUUUGUCUGAAAUGCUAUAGAGUUUCUUGCUUGAGCAGGGGGAUUAGAAGACCUCCAAGGUCCCUUCCAAUUCUGUUGUACUUUUAUUUCUUUGACCAUUAUUUAGAAGAAAUGGAUAAUGCAAAGUAAUAUACAUUUUUAAAUUCCAGGAAUAAAUUUAGGCUAUACUCUAAUGGAAUGGACACAUUCACAUCAUGAUCUUUGACUGUUGUGCUUUAGCUUCAGUGAAAGUUCCUUCUUUCUGCUGCCAUCAUUAUGCUAUAUCACACAAUCACGUUUGCUUUUGAAAUGGGUUCUAUUGAAUGAAACAUGAUUUACUUUUCAUUUACUUUACUUCUCAGUCAAGCAAAUUGUCAGUAUUUGUUAAACUUAUUUUUUAGAUGUAUUUAUCAUGGAGUAAAUUUACAUGUCAGCGUUACAGCGCUGACAUGAAAGGAGAGGAGAAGCUUGAACUUUUGCCUACUUAAUUCCUUUGAAGAUUCUGUUUCCUUGGAGAUGGGAGGAGGGGGGACAUUCCUGUGAUUUGACGGAGAUGGGAUGAGGAGAGUGGCUUGGAAGAUAGCCAAUGAGACGCAGAGAACGGUUUUACAACAGUUUAUAAAACCAGUAUUCAUCUAGUUCUGUUCUUAUAUAAUUAACUGAUCUUUCUGAGCUUGGCAUUGUCCUCAUAUGUUAGAUUAAAAUUCUCAUAAAUCCAAUCAGCAAUUAAAUUGUUUAAAUAUCAGGAUUUGACUAGGCAUUCAUAAUAUGAUUUCUGAUACUUGUAUAAUGAUUGAUUUAAUUACUGGUUUACAUAGUUGGGAUCAAAAUAAAACAAAAAACAAAAUGGUUUAUAUACAUAGACGAAUAAGAAAAUGAAAACACAAUCUUCAGUGUUCAUAUUUUUCAGUGUGAUUCUGGCAACAGUACAGAUUAAAUAUAUAUAAUAGAGAAAAAUGAGCAUAUGCAUAUCUAUAUGGUAUGAAAAUGCAUAUGUUGGUUCAAAACAUCCAUAACCACCUAUUAGAAAAAUUCAUAAAACGUAAGAUAAAAACAAAAACUUGAGCUUAUUAAUAAAUGCUUUAGGGAAAGCAUGUCCAAAAAUAUCCCAAACAUAGAUGGACGCAGGAUAAUGCAAUAAAAAGUUGGAACAUUUAAAACCAUAUUAAUAUUUGAAUAUCUCUUGACUUGAGUCUUAUUUUUUGGCUUGGAUAAUUCAUUUUAUCAAUGUAAUUGCAACAGUUUCAUAGAGUAAUGUAUGAAUCGAUAUUUUAAAAAAGCUGUGAAGAGUAUUUUUCUACUAUCUGAAGUUUAAAAUAUUGGGGCUGUUCUGUCCCCGUCUCACACACGCACACAAACAGUCACCAGGAGUUAAAAUAAACUUGCAGACAACAAUUUCCUUCGAUUACAGAAUUGGCAGCAACCCAGUAGCUGCUUGCCAAAAACUUUACUCACAGAGGGAGGUGUUCCUCCUCCGUCAGAUAAACCAAAAUAAAUUCACAAAGCCAAAGAAUUGUCAAGUCCAGUCCAUAAUAAAUUCAAGGAAGGCAGAUAACGAAGUUCCAGAGACACAGUAUGACUUGCUAGCUGAUCAGUUUUGUCCGUCACAAAGCCUGAAUGGCCACCACACCCCCUUUUAUCCCCUGUGGGGUGUGGUCCAGUGACUCAGCUUAAUCUCUGGCACGCCGCCUUCUCUGCUGCGUGUGCUUGUCUUUCCAACGCCGACGGGCAUCCAGCCAAGAUUUAUCUCCAUAGCUGUCUAACUGCGGCUGUUCGGAAAUGCCUGGCUCCUGGCCUAUCUCUUCUCCUUCGGGAGACACCUGAGGCAUUGCCAGAGAGGAGGUCCUGGAGAGGGAGGCCUUGCCAACUCCUUUCCUUCACUUUCGGAGUCUUCUCCCUCCGAUAAGACGGGCUCGGGGGUCGGAGUCACAACAGGUGCUGUCAUAUUCAUAAAAACAACUUGAAGAUUUUUUUUGUCAGAAAGAGGUUGCUCAAAUUUAAAUGAUUUUUUAAAUCAAAUAUCUAGGGUACAGAUGCAGCAUUCAUGAAAAAUAAAAUCAUAUAUAUAUAAAAAAAUAUAAAUAAAAAUUACAUUGGACUACAGGUAGUCCUCGACUUGCAGCAGAUCAUUUAGUGAACAUUCAAAUUUAUAAUGGCCCUGAAAAAAGUGAUUCAUCGUUUUUCAUACUUAUGAUCUUUGCAGCAUCUUCUCAGUCAUGUGAUCAAAAUUCAAACACUUGGCAACUGACUCGUAUUUAUGAUGGUUGCGGUGUUCUAGGGGUCAUAUGAUCACUUUGUGACCUUCUGACAAGCAAAGUCAGUGGAGAAGCCAGAUUCACUUUAUUACUAUGUUAUUAACAACUGCAGUGAUUCACUUAACAACUGUGGCAAGAAAAGUUGUAAAAUGGGCCAAACCCAUUUAACAACUGUCUUGCUUAGCAACAAAUGUUGGGCUUAACUGUGGUUGUACGUUGAGGACUACCUGUAGUUUGGCGCUUGAUUUCUAGAGAUAUGACAUCUCUAAUCAAUAAAUAUAGUUUUUUCUUCCUAGUGUUUUCCCCCAAGUACAGGGUCUGUUCUUCCCCCCUCCAUCAAGUGAGUAUUCAUCUAUUGAUUGCAACAGGAAUUGACUGACUGGUUUUGUCACCCAAGUCUGACAUUGUGAGCUGAAAGAGUGACUGGUCCAAAGUCACCCAGCCGGCUUUCAUGACUAAGGCAAGACUAAAAGAAAUAGAUUAUUCUUAAUCAAACUCUUGAAUAUAAGCUUUACGUUGGUUUGAAAAUGAACUUUUUUCAAUGUUGGCUAAUAAAAUAAACCUGAUCAUGAUGGCAUUAUUACCAUUAUCCCCAGUGUCAGAAUUUCUACUAUUUUCUCAUGUGUUUGAACAGGAAUUUAAAAUACUUUUGCUGAAAUAUUAUUAUUCUGCUCCUCUUCAGGAUGGACAACGUACAGUAAAAAUUCCUAGGGAACAACGAUUUUAUGAAUCCCAAUUCUACAAGAAGAAAAAAAACCAUAGAAUGACAUUUUGUGUAGUAAUUUUCAUACUAGUCAUAGGAAAAAGAAAAACGGAAAAAAGGAAAAACUAUGAACUGGAUAAAAUAAAUUAUAUAUCUUUAACAUCAAAUUAUUUCUCAUGUGAAGAAAUUCAUAGGAAGUGAGGUGGUUUGAGAAAAGGAAAUACAUAGGAAAUCUUUAACUGCUAAGUAAACUGACUAAAGAUUUGAAUUGGUUUGAAUACACUUUUUGCCAUCAAAACAAAUUCUAGAAUCUUGUUUUCAUCUUGGGUGAAGAUGUUUUAACUUACCUGCGUUUUUUUCAGAGAGGGUGAACAGUUUAUAAAACAAUGGUGGUCUCAAGAUGUUAAAACCAAAAAUUGUUUUCCAUUUCUAUUUGUGCACAGGAAGAGAUGAAUAUCUUUUAAACUAGCUAUAGUUAAACUUGUAACAAGGAACUGUGGUUAAAAUGGGUAAUGGAAACUUAUUUUUGAAUAUUUAAAUUUAGGUUUUGGGAAGUAUAUAUGUAAUUUUACUUACUGUAUAAUAAUUUUGUCUAGAAUAUCUUCGCCGUUAUAUUUCACUAUAUUUGACAAUUAUUUUUGAUACUGCAACAAAAAAGAUUUUCACGUUAAAUAGAGCCUGAAUAGCUCUGCAGACUAAGCACUGUAAUUUAACACCAGCUGUUUGCAAUUAAAGUAAUUUCAAAUCUUGCCAUGCUCAAGGUUGACUCAGCCUUCUAUCCUUUCUAAGGUAGGUAAAUUGAGGACGCAGUUUGUGGGGGCAAUAAGCUGACUUUGUAUAAAAUAUACAAAAGUAUGAAGGCUAUUGCUUAAUGCACUGUAAGCCGCCCUGAGUCUCCGGAGAAGGGCGGCAUAUAAAUCAAUUUUUUUAAAAAAAAAUAUUUCCUAACUAUUCCGUUGUGAGUUGUAAGACUGAGGAUAUUCUGUGAUCACUUAAAACGUGAUCUUUGAAUAAACUUCCUAUAUACAUCUGUUACAAAAUGUAACUAGAAUUUGUUUUAUUUACUGUACAUUAUCCUAUAAACUACAAAGUAGUUAAAGAUAAAGUACAAAAAUAUGGAAGCAGCAGGGAUUGCUUUGUGGAGGUGCAGUGGUUAGAAUGCGGUACUGCAGGCUCAGCUCUGCCCACAGCCUGGAGCUCAGUUCUGAUCGGCUCAAGGUUGACUCAGUCUUCCAUCCUGAGGUCGGUAAAAUGAGGACCCAGAUUAUUGGGGACAAUACGUUGACAUUUGUAAACCACUCAGAGUGCUGCAAAGCACUACGAAGCGGUAUAUAAGUCUAAGUACUAUUGCAGAUAGCCCUCACUUACCAAUUACAAUUGAGACCAGCAACUCUUGUCACUAAGCAUGCAGUUGUAAAAUGAGAAGUUACAUGACCAUGACUAUCAGUUCUGACUGCAUUUGUUAAGUGAAUUGCUGUGGGUUGCUGAGUACAGUAUCAUGUGGCUGAAAAUUGUGACUUCUGCUUAGAACCCAGCUGUGAAGGUGACAAAUGGUGAUCAGGUGACUUUGGGACACUGCAAAUCCUUAUAAAUGUGUGCCAGUUGCCAAACACAUGAAUCAUAAUUGUGUGACUACAAGGACCCUGUGAUGGCUGCAACUUGAGUACUAGCCAUAAGUCUUUUUUUUGCUCAUCAAGUGGUUGGUAAGUGAGGACUAGUUGCAUAUAUUGAUCUGCAUUGUUCCAUUUAGCUCUCCAGCAGAUCCUGAUGAGUUUCUAGAGAUAGUCAGCACUGUGAUAAAUCUUAUAGAAUGUAUUUUAAACUAGUUUUUUUAACCUUUAUUAUGCAGAAACAUGUAAACUGUAAGUUUUAAAAACUUGUUGAGCAAUUUCCUAAAUUUUGAAAUUUAGGUAGGUGAAAAAGUAGUUUCAGCUAAAUUGGUGAUUCAGAAAAGCAAAGCUUAAGGGCUAAUUUACUUGUUUCUUUAUUAGAUUUUUAUCCCAUCUUUUUUACAGUAUAAGUAACUCAAGGUGGGAAACAUAAUAUUCUUUCCAUCUCCUCUCUUCCCCAUAACAACAACCCUGUGAGACGGGUCGGGCUGAGAGAGAGUCAAAAAUCACCUAGCCAGCUUUCAUGCCUAAGGCAGGACUAAAACUCACAGUCUUCUGGUUUCUAGGCCAGCAUCUUAGCCACUACACCAAAUUGGAUUUAUGUUUUCCAUGUAAAAGAUAACAAGGUUAACUUUCAGCAUCACUAUCUAGAAGCAGGAAUGAGUCCCUGUGGAAAUUCAGGAGAGCUGUUACAAAGCAGAUGGUAUAAUUAAGUUAGGUGGCCAGUUCUCUGAUUCUGCAUAAGGUAGCUUUCUGAAAAACCUAGAAAUUUUCAUAAGUUACAUUGGAGAUACUGUUUCUGUAAACUCAUAGGGGCUGUGCUGUUGUAUUUAUACUAUGCUGAAUAUAAAGAAUAUGGCCUACAGUUUUUUUGAGGUACUGAAAUAGAUCUCAAGUUACAUAAAGUCUUAUUUCAGUUUAUUCAGUCAUUUUUGUUUUAAAUUUUACAAUAUUAUGAAGUUAUGGCUGUUUAUGAUCUGAAUAAAAAGUUGUGAGAUGUCAGCAUCUGAUGAAGCAGGAGGAUGUCUGUUUAAGUUACAGUUGGUGAGAGAAAUUUAGAGUGAUCUGUAUUCCUGAAGUACUGUGAUAUUCAGCGUGAUCUGAGCUUCAUCUGAUUCCCGUUAAAAGGUAAAGAGAUUCUGAUCAAACUCCUGAAAAAUAUACUACACAAGCCUUAAUUAAAUGAAUUGAGUCAGUAUUCAUUUCUUUUUUUGGAAAAUUUAUGAAAUUUUAAGAUACUUCCAAGGGACUAAUGAGUCAGGGCUGAUAUUGAGGGCCCAUCCCCAGAAAAACUACCCACAUCGGUGGUCUGAUGCUGUUCGCGAUACAGUAUUGUGAAACUAAAUCAUGUUAUGAUCGAAGGGGAUCUCUGCUCAUCUCAAGAGAAGGGGUUUUUCAUAAAGUACUAACAGAACCAUCAUCAAAGGCUUUGGCCUCCCACCAAUCCAUCAUCAACCUGAUAGUGUGUAAUUGGAGGGUAUGUCCAAUUACUGUUUUAGUUCCCAAGAGUGGCUACCCAUCAAAUAUCACUUGGUAAUGGCAAAUAUUUACUGGCCACUUGUCAUUGGUCAGAAGUUCAACACAAGGUAAUGACUGAAUGAGAGUGAAGUGUAUGGGAGGAUGUUGAUGAAAACAUUGCUAGACAGGAAGCACAUUGUCAUGCACCUCACAUUUAUCAAAAUCUAUCUGCAUGAUUCAGCAAGCUAUUGGAAUGUAUUCCUUGAGCAGAUGAGAAUAAAAUGAAAAAAAUUGCCUUGAAUGAGAGAUGCUGUAUUUGGGGACAAGACUGUGUUCCAACAACAGAACAUUAUGUUUACUGAAAAGCAUGGUGGUGUAAAUAUCAGGGUGUUUUUCAACCUCAGAAGCCACCUUAUAAUAAAAAGGAAUAUGGAGUUUGGAUUGUACAACAGAUUCUACAAGAGAUUGUCAGACCACACAAAUCUAUGGUAGAAUGGCUAAAGUAGAGUUAAGUUUCACAUUUUUAAAUGGCCAAGCCAAAUUCCUGUCCUUAAGUCAAUUGAAAUACUAUGAUACGAACAAGUUAUCUAGGACCAUCUAGAAAUAACAAUGAGUUGAAGGACAGGAGUACUAGCUAAAGGAGUUAUUAUUUAAUAUACUGUAGCUAAAGCUAUGGCUUAUAUUUUUCCAACAAAAGUCAUUAAAUGUUGGCUUAUAAAUGAUAUGACACAGUACCCUGUUUUAUAUGUUGUUGUUUAGCGAAAUGUAUUAAGGGGUUUUAAAUGAGGCUGAUAUAUUGCAGACCAUGGUAUUGCAAAAUCGAGUUCUGAAGUUUCAUUUAACACUAUGCACAGACUUUGAAAGGCUGAAAACUGCAUCUUAGAGCAUUAGAUGACUAAAAGAGUUUCAGCAUUUUGAUAUAUUUAAAAAACAGAAUCAACUAUAUUGACCAGGAAGCUAUUAAAUGUAUUCAUAUUGUGAACAUAGUUGACAAUUCAAGUGAUAUCUCGUAAGGAAAUAAUAAGUAUUAUGCAUAUUUAAGCAUGCAUAGUUCUGGAGAUGAUAAAAUAUGAAAAAAACAUUUUACUCUGCAUUAUAGAGUUUAAGGAAAUCUAUUAUAUUUGCUAUUUUAGCCAAAAUAAUAGUUUACCAUAUCCAGUGCAAAGGUUGUUCAAUGUUUAGCCAAGAAUGCUUCACAGGGGAUACAGCUUAGUGCAAUAACUUAUAUUUCUCUGUCAUACUAGCUUAUUAGAUAUUUUAAUGUAUCAUUUGUAUUCAAACUGGUGUCUCAAAUCUUUACAUGCUCUCUGACAUUCCUUUCUUUGCAUAUUAAGUGAAAAGCUCAAAAUAUAAUAUUUUUAUACUAUUAUCCUAUGUUCAAAUACUUAUGAAUUAAACCAUAAAUUUAUUCUUAUUAGAUAUUCUUUUAACAGAGGACUAUAGAGUAUAGGAGUACAGUAUGAAAAAAACUAAUCCAUAACUUUCUGCAAUGGCAAACAGCCUCUCCUUCCCCUGACAUUCUUGCACAUGUAUGGCGUGGCUUAAGAAGUUAAAGCUCCAGAAAGACUUUUAAACCUGCUGUCUCUGUUUUGGAAGUGGAAUUAGGCUUAUCCCAGUUUCUGCUGAAAUGAAAGAAUACAACUUAUGUUGAGAUGAAUUCAUGUGUUUCCUUCGACUCAAUUAAUUAGGAUAAUUUCCAAAAUAAAAGCCAACUUCUAGUUGCAAAAUACUGGCCCAGCAUAUAUUCUGUUACCAUGAGUUGAAAUUAUCUGCAGUUACUGUGUUAUAAAGCAAGAGGAGGGAGAUAAUACUGACUCAUGGACCAUACUUGCUUUUCUAGCUUUUGGUUAAGCAUUCCAAAAGCUGCUUCUGUAUUUGGCACUUGAACAUCUGUUCAAGUCUUUUGACUUAAGUCAAAUACGCCAUCCUCCUUAAAUAAAGUUGAAAAAUGUGGACGGGAAAGGACAUAAUGGGGAUACAGUUGCUUGAAAUGCUACAAGUAAAAGGAAGCUGUUAAGAUUCUGAAGUAUGGCUGAAGAUGCAAAAUCACCUGGGAAGGACGAAUUCUUUAUAAUAUUUCAGGACACUUGUACCAUGCAGAAUUAAGCAAGCAACUGUGAUCUUGGGGUUGUAUUGAGAAAGAGGAAUCAUCUUAAGAACAGUAAUCAUUAAAGCGACCAGGAUUACAACGAGGACACCAUUUUAAAAUUUCAAAGUUGGAGUACAGCUUCAUUCAGCUUUUGCUUGAAGAAUCCAUCUUGAAACUUAGAGAGCCCCACAUUACUUGAUCAAAUAUAUUGCUUCUGUGAAACUGAAGAGGAAACCUACAUCUGCAUAAGAACAAUGCUUGAAUUGAGUAUUUGUGAUAACUAUGUAAAUGUUCAGUCAUUAAAUGAUUCCAAAAUUA